AUGACUACUGAUCCAUUUCUAUGGUAUAGAGACAAAGCUAAACUAAGGAUUGGCGAAGUCAAUAGGUACAUUGUCACAUACAAACGACAGCAGGGUGCCACCACCACUUCCCAAAUUUAUUUCAGAAUCAAGAACGUGGAAAACCUGGGCAUCAGAACCAUUCAUUUGCUAACUGGUCCAUUUAUCUUGUACUGUCACGUUGUUCCUUGUAACUACAACUACAAACAGAAGUUCUGCCCCGAAGAUGUGGGACAAAAUCCUGAGGUGGCUUUUGAAAAUCAAAUCAAGCCGAAUCAGUCUUUCAACGUUACAUUGCUUUUAAAUGACAAUUCUUUUGCUAAAACAUCCACUGAAGAUGGUAUCGAGUAUGAGCAUUUUCAAUGGGAAAUAGAGGUGAUAUCACAGAUUGUCAUUACUAAGAAGACCGAAGUGCUAUACGACUUGAUGAUUGGGGAAGACCUACAUGCCAUGAAAAAAUUGGGACUCGGCAAACUUCAAAGAACCUUGACUAGUAUAGUACCUAACAAUAAGGACGAGGACCGAACAGCACAGGAAGUUUUUGACCAUGAAACGAGUAACCAUAUCUUCAAUCCCAAUCUAAGUGUUGCUAAAAAAUCGACCGAUGAUCUUUGGAAUAAUGAGCCACCAGAUCCACUUAAACCGGUGCAUUUAAUAAUAGUUACCCAUGGAAUCUUCUCCAACCUCACGGCAGACAUGCUCUACUUGAAAGAGACUUUGGAGAGUUCGGUGCUGGAGAACAUCAUGAUCAGAGGAUACCGAUAUAAUGCAGGCAAGACCGAAAAGGGAAUUAAAAAGUUGGGUCGUAAUGUGGGCAACUAUAUUGUUGAUGUGGUUGAGAAGGAGCCCUAUAAUUUCAACAAGAUAUCAUUUAUUGCCCAUUCGCUUGGAGGUGUGGUACAAUUAUAUGCUAUCAAGUACAUCUUAGUGACCAAAGGUGUUGACUUUUUUGAUCGUUUACAUAUCCAACCGGUCAAUUUGGUUUCAUUAGCCAGUCCUUUCUUGGGAAUUUUAAACGAACUAAACUUGGUCCUCUCAUGGAUAUUAGAUCUCGGAACACUUGGUAAAACGGGGCGUGAUCUUACAUUGCUGAAACGAUUGCCUGGUUGGAAAGAUGUUGAGAUUGGUGAUCAUCGAACAAAGGAUAGAUUUAAGCCAGUCUUGGAAACAUUACCUGAUGACCCUCUUCAAACGUUUUUGGAAAAAUUUGAACGAUUAACUGUUUACGCAAAUGCUAUAAAUGAUGGUAUUGUGCCCUUGAGAACAGCCGCUAUAUUGUACUUGGACUAUGAAGCAUUAGGUGAUGUGAAUGAGCUAAAGAAAACAAACAAUGUUAUUGAUAGGCCUGAGUUGGAGACCGAUCACCAUGAUGUUGAAAGCAAUGAGAGUCAGAAUAAUGUUCUGGAAGUUCCUGAAUCCAGUGCCAUCAAUGACAAAUCUACCGGCAAGGGACACGUUUCACCGAAAAGUGGUGAGCACAACGGUCAAGCUCAUCAAACACUCUCAAAAGAACAACAACGAUUGAAAGAAGUUCAUGACAAAUUUGAAGAGUUUGCAAAGUUAAAUUCUUCCCAAAAUAAACUAACAAGACGACAAAAAAAGUAUCAGAACUUUAGUAUAAAGGGGUCAGAUACUAACUCUGAUAGCAUAUCUGCAAGUAAUGAUUCUAACGAGGAGUCGGCAACAAUCACUGUACCUCCGCGUGCAUCUGCAAUUGAAUCUGCUUUGAAUACGUUGAUUUGUCCCAUUCCUUCGCAAGAGUAUAUUAUGGACCCUGCUUCCAGAAACCCCGUAAUUUUCCAUGAUAAAUACUAUCACUUUGACAAGUCGCGAGACGAGAGCAACGUCAAGUCCCGCUCGUUGAAGGAAAGGUUGUUUGGCUACUCGGCCGAUUGGAGACUACAUAAACAGGUGGUUAUAGCCAACAAGUACCACACUGGCAAGCUCAGCUGGCGAAAAGUGUUGGUAAAUUUGCCGCCUGAUGCUCAUAAUAACAUCAUUGUGAGACGACGUUUUGCCAAUGGAUAUGGGUGGGGAGUAAUUCACCAUCUUUGUGAGAACUUGUUUGAAACAAGCACAAAGGAUAGUGGUGAUUCUGAUAAAGGCUCAUUGCAUAAUGUAGCAACUCCUCUGCAAGCUUAUACAGGGGAAAAUGCUGAGGAAACACAGGAUGGUGGUGACAUCAAAGCUAAAAUUUAA